AUCUGGCAUUUGUUAGUAGGAAAAUUUUCUAUGGAGCAAAUUUGGUAGCGGUACACCGAAGACAAACCAAUGUAAAACUAAAUAAGCCAGAAUAUGUUGGAGCAUGUAUUCUUGAUCUUUCUAAAUACUUUAUGUAUGACUUCUGGUAUGGACAUUUCAAAAAGAAGUAUGGUGAUCGAGUAAGACUUUUAUACACAGAUACAGAUUCUUUAAUCAUAAAAAUUGAAACCGAAAAUAUUUAUCAGGACAUGAUAGAUGAUUGUGAUUUAUUUGAUUUUAGUGACUAUCCAGAAGAUCAUUGGGUAGUAAAAAAUCUUCCAGAAGAUCAGUGGAUAAUCAAUGAAGGUAAACGUGUCUUAAAAAAUACAAAAGUUAUAGGUAAGUGGAAGGACGAAAAUGGAGGAGAUCGUGCUAUUGGCUAUGCUGGAGUUCGCGCAAAAUGCUAUAGUGUUAUAUGUGAAAAUUCACGAAAAAAUAUGAUAAAAGCAAAAGGCCUGAAAAAAUCACUUAUCAAAAGAGAGUUUACUCAUAAAAUAUUCGAGGACUGUGCUUUAGAGGGAAAAGAGGAUCAACCACGAACCACACAAUUCCUCCGAAGUUACAGACAUCGAAUGUAUAAAAUAAAGCAAACAAAGAGUAGCAUUAACCCACUAGAUACAAAAUU